AUGGGGAACUGCUGUUAUAAGAGCUGUGCUUGCCUGGAACCCUACAUACCUUGGCUUUUUGAAGCAUGUGACUGUGGAUCAGGGUCUGGAGGAUCCACAUGUGGAUCUACUGUGAAGAGGGGUGAUUCCUCUCACCUGGAUGGGCCCAGGGACGACCCUCCUCUACCUCCUCCUUCUCUGCCUCCAGCAAAGCAGGGCUGCAAAUUUGUGGCCCUGUUUGAUUACCAAGCCCGUACAGAGGAAGACUUGAGCUUUCGAGCUGGAGAUAAGUUUGAAGUGCUGGACAGGUCUCAAGACAGCUGGUGGAUUGCAAGGUUGCUUGUGGAGAAUGGCUUUGCCAGGCCGGGCCAGAAGCUGCAGGGCUACAUCCCAACCAACUAUGUUGUCCCCGACCAGAGUAUUGAAGCUGAACCGUGGUUUUUUGGUGCUAUGAAACGAGCAGAUGCCGAGAAACACCUCUUGUAUCCUGAUAACCAGUAUGGCGCUUUCCUAAUUAGAGAAAGUGAAAGUCAAAGAGGCAUCUUCUCACUUUCAGUGCGGGAUGACCAAACUGUGAAACACUACCUAAUCAAACAGAUGGACAAUGGUGACUUUUUCGUGAGCAGAAGAAAAACUUUUCAGACCUUGAGAGCUUUUGUCAGACACUACAGUACUUCCAGUGACGGGCUGUGUGUAAAGCUUGGGAAGCCAUGUAUAAAGACAGAAGUCCCAGCUCCUUUGGAGUUGUCUUACCAAACCAUAGAUCAGUGGGAGAUAGACCGGAAUUCUCUGCAGCUCUUGAAAAGAUUGGGUUCUGGCCAGUUUGGAGAAGUCUGGGAAGGAUUAUGGAAUAAUACUACACCAGUGGCAAUUAAGACACUAAAACCAGGGUCAAUGGAUCCAAAAGACUUCCUGAGGGAAGCACAGAUAAUGAAGAGUCUGAGACACCCAAAACUUAUACAACUGUAUGCUGUUUGCACUUUAGAGGAUCCAAUUUAUAUUAUUACGGAACUGAUGAGACAUGGAAGUCUGCUAGAAUACCUCCAAAAUGAUGGGGGUUUGAGGAUCCACUUGCCCCAACAGGUGGAUAUGGCAGCUCAAGUUGCUGCGGGAAUGGCUUAUCUCGAGUCUCAGAACUACAUCCACCGCGAUUUGGCAGCCAGAAACGUCCUGGUUGGUGAACACAAUGUUUACAAAGUAGCAGAUUUUGGACUUGCACGGGUUUUUAAGCUAGAAAAUGAAAAUGUAUAUGAAGCCAAACAUGAAACAAAACUACCUGUGAAAUGGACAGCCCCUGAAGCAAUCCGAUCCAAUAAGUUUAGCAUUAAAUCUGAUGUCUGGUCAUUUGGAAUACUCCUUUUUGAAAUAAUCACAUAUGGAAAGAUGCCUUAUGCAGGUAUGAUGGGCUUUCAAGUACUCCAGAAACUGGAUCAAGGAUACAGAAUCCCACAGCCAGCUAAUUGUCCUCAAGAGCUAUACAACAUCAUGCUACAAUGCUGGAAUGAUAAACCCAACGAUCGACCAACUUUUGAAACAUUGCGCUGGAGUCUGGAAGAUUAUUAUGAGAUGGAUUCAACAUCCUAUGCAGAUGCAAAUACGUUUAUGGAAUGAACAACACAAUUUUCCUACUGAUAAUUUAAGUGAAAAUGACCCCCUCUUCCAACUCCCAAAAUAUAUCACUUUAGCG